UUCACUUUUGUACACUAAACAAAUAUGGCUGUUGAAAGUAGAUAUUAUGAAAUUCUCGAGGUAGAGACUGACGCCUCUGACCAUGAAAUCAAAAGAGCGUACAGAAAAUUGGCCAUGAAAUACCAUCCUGACAAAAACCCCAAUGAAGGAGAAAGAUUUAAGGAAAUCUCUCAUGCUUAUGAGAUUCUUUCUGAUGCUGAAACCCGUGCCACUUACGAUCAGUUUGGAGAAGAUGGACCUGGACAUGGUGGAGGAGGAGGAUAUGGCAUGUCUGCUGAUGAUCUCUUUGCCAACUUGUUUGGUGGCGGAGGUGGUGGAGGAGGAUUUGACUUUGGUGGGGGUGAUUUCCAUGGUAUGGGUGGCGGUAUGCCUCGUCGCCCUAGAAAGGGAGAAUCCAUGAAAUAUCCUUUAGCUGUUUCUCUUGAAGAUCUUUACUUGGGUAAAAAGACCAAAUUAGCUUUGGAAAAGAAUGUGAUUUGUUCCAAUUGUGAAGGUAAGGGUGGUAAGACUGGUGCUACCAAAAAGUGUGGCUCUUGUAAGGGUCGUGGUUUCCAAGUGGCUAUGCGUCAAGUGGGCAUGGGCAUGAUUCAACAGAUGCAAGUCCCUUGUGCCGAUUGUGAUCACACUGGUGAAGUCGCAAAAGACAGAUGUAAGAAGUGUAAAGGAAAGAAGGUUACUGUCGAAAAGAAAUAUCUCGAUGUCUUUAUCGAAAAGGGUAUGGAGAAUGGUCAAAAGAUUGCCAUGAAGGGUGAAGGUGAUCAAGAACCUGGUGUUGAGCCUGGAGAUGUUAUCCUUGUUUUAAAUCAAAAAGAACAUCCUGUUUUCACUCGUGAAGGCUCUGAUUUAAAGUGUACCGUCAAAAUUACUUUGACAGAAGCCCUUUGUGGUUUUGACAAGGUCAUUGUUACACACCUUGAUGGUCGUGGCAUUCAAGUCAGUAACCCUGCUGGUACUGUCAUCAAGCCAGGUAUGGUAAAGCGCAUUCCUAACGAAGGUAUGCCCACUUUCAAGCGUCCUGAAAACCGUGGUGAUCUUUAUAUUGAAUUUGAUGUCGAAUUCCCUCCCGAUCACUUUGCUACUGCUGCUCAAUUAUCUAAUCUCGAAACUGUCUUACCUAAGAGAAAGAGAGAAACACCUAAAGAAGAACUUAUCGAUGAAUGUCUUCUUUUAGAUGCUAAUAUGGAAGCAUUCGGUGCUUCAAGUAAUUCUCGUAAUGCAUACGAUGAAGAUGAUAGUGAGGAUGAGGAAGGUCAAGGUGGCGUCCGUUGUGCUCAACAGUAAAAAACAAUCAAUUAAAAUUAGACAAAUAAAAAAAUAAAAAUACGGCUAUUUCAUAUGAAUAGUGCUAAGCACAAA